AUGACGAAAAAACACACAUUGUUGGCAUCACUUUCCCGCACCAGGGUCAAGCGAUUUGGUCAGAGCGAUACUGCCACACCGAAACAAACAAGACCUUUGUCACCUGAAUCCGAGACCGAGGCAGUCACUGAUGAUGGUACCACUGACGAAGAUGAUAUGCCGGUGGGAGAAAUCUCAUCAGAUGGAGAUGACACGAGUUCCCCGCCCACUCCCCGUGCUGAAUGGGACCGUCAACGGACAGAAACAGAUACCACCCUAGAACGACAAUUUCGCGACCUAGCGUCCGCUCUCGAGCACCUGGAGUCCCCACAAGAGUUGAGGCGAUCGUAUGCGCCACAGUGUUCGAACAAAUAUUCUCACACUGUCAAGUCAACCGAGGCUCAGAUCCUUGACGAAUUUAUAUCGAUGGAUGAUCACUGGAUUGAUCCAGACACCUUGACAGCCGUCUCGAAAGAACCGUCAGAAUUUUGGGAAUUCAAUUUGCACAACUUUUACGUAUAUCGGUCCGCUACACACCCUCAGAAGUCGCGAGGAAAAUACGAAAGUCUUCAUAUCGUAUAUUCUGAACUCGCCGAUGGCCAUGACGAGGGUCAUUGGUUGAUCGAUGGCCUUUUAGAGCAUAAUGGCGUUCGAAAACAAGUUGUUGGAGCCGCGAUUGUUCAGGUUAGCAUCGGAGGCUUCGAGGACAUAGGGCAAUAUUCGGUCAACGAUUUCAUAUGGGUUAAGACAAAAGAAAGCCGAGCCAAACGCUACUGGUACCGUUUACAAUCCGCGUCGGAAGAAUACUCAACCGUUUGGAAUCCCUUUGUCUGGCUCGCAAACUUCACAAAAUAUUUCGUCGACUACCUCUACACUCGCUCUAAUUCAGGUGUUCCUGUACAUCUGGCAGACUUCAGAGCCAACUUCUGGCAGUGGCUUGAUGAUUUACACGGCGAGAGUAUUCGUGACUGGCACAAUCAGUGUCAUCAGCGAAGCGAUUUUCGUCAUCAUGUGUCCGCCUACCGCCGAUUCUUAUACGACCAGGCUAACGACAUCUACGACAAGGACGACGGACCUUCUGUGCUUCAACAGCCAAUCUGGGCAGAAAUUAGCGACCCUAAAGCGCGUCAAUAUUCACUUCCGGUGGAGAAGACUACAGUGACGCCCAAUGUCGCGGCAUCGUUCUCAGAAUUUAAGUCGUGGGAGAAAUUUGAUCUUCUUGAAGUGGUACAUCUAUCUCCUGAAGUUAAAGAAUAUCGCAAGAAGAGAGUCAUGGAAUGGAAGUUCUUGGACAAGUUUAUUGUCAAUCCUUUGACGACAUUCGUCAGUAAAGGGACACAGCGAAUAUCUAGAGUGGCCUGGAUCUUGGAGCAGGCGGCCAUAAGAAACCAAACUGUUCACAUUGAUCGUCACGACACCAUUCUUCACAGAGUGGUCAUUGUGCGAUGGAAUGAUACAUUUCGCUACGCCUGGGUCAGACGUACGCAGAAAUGCAAUUUCAGUGUCGUCUGGCUAGUGCUACCAGCAGAGACUCUUUGUGGACGAACCGCCGCCUAUAAAAUCGGCAAUGAGUUGUUCUUUACUGACAGUUGCAACUGUGACCCAAUCCCCUAUCGAGAUGUUGUGGAGAUAGUUGAAGCGUGCGUCCAGGAUACGCCGAUCAAUAGCUCACAGCUAUUUUUGCAUCUCCUCUAUAGAGAGCAUGACGAAGAAUUUGUCAACGAACCUUUAUCGAAUCUCGCUUGUCGAUGUACACACUCAAAAACUUCCCGGCCUUCAGCCCCGAAACUGAAGCCUUCAACUCCGAGCCCACGACAGAAUUGGCCAAAAAUGAGACUUGCGGGCCUCUUCAGCGGAUGUGGCCUGUUUGAGGCGGCAUUUACGAGUCUUAAUUUCGUUGAAUUGGUCCUCGCCGUGGAGAUCUGGGAGACAGCAGCGCUAAGCCAUAAAGCAAACCACCCUGGUUCGAUAUGCGAAGUCUGCUCGGUAGAGCAGUUACUGAAAGCAUUUACGUCGGGGCAAAAAUCAAUGAUUCCAACCGAUGCUAUUAUGGGCGGGUUCCCUUGUCGCGGAUACAGCCUCUUAAACAGCCAUAGAGGAACAAGGAACGCUGAAAAGAAUUGUUCAUACCUUGCGAACUUUCUAUCAUUCGUGGAUAUCUUUUUACCAGCAUUUGUUCUAAUAGAAAAUGUGCCAACAAUGGAUCCAAGUGAUCCAACUGAACAGAACGCCUGUGCUCAGGCAAUCAGCUUUCUCGUGUCACUUGGUUACCAGACACGGAGAUCAGUACAUAUUGACUCGAACUUCGGCGGAGCUUCGAAUCGAAAACGACUUUUCAUUGUGGCUACGGCGCCUCGAGCUGAGUUACCCAGAGAGUUAGUCCCAACACAUGGGCCAGGGCUUAAAGAAAGCCAAUGCGUUCGUCGUACCAUUGGCGAUCUAGAACCCGUUCACAACGAUACUAUGAUCAAUGUCGCCAAUCCGGCGCACGUCCCUCUCCAGCGACUCACAAUAGAUUGGAGAGUAGGCGUGAAUUAUCACGCAAUCCUUCAGAGGAUCCCAGAGGGCAUGUCGCUAAGCAAAGCAUAUCACGCAGGUCUCUUACUACGGCACGAGCGUCAGUUCUUCAGAACUCUACAGCCCUAUCAGCAAAGUCCCCAGUCUAAGUGUUUAAAAAGAAUCGACGCGGAUCGCCCGUCACGGACUAUCGCCACUUUAAUAACACCAAUGGACGCCAGAUUUGGGGGAGAGAUCAUUCACCCAUUCCAGAAUCGUUGUGUGACGCUGGAAGAAACCCGCAGAUUUCAGGGCAUGCCUUCUUGGUUUGUUCUCAUUGGGGACAUAAAAGAUCAAUAUAAACAAUUGGGAAACCUCGUGCCAUGGGCAUUAGGCACCGCACUGGGCUGCUCAUUUAAGGAAGCCUGGCUGGCGACCAUGGCGAAACGGAGGGCAACGACAGACUCCAGCCGCUAUUCCGCGCAAGGCCCAUCGUAUUCCACGGCCACGUCGGGCCAAUCGAAUGUGCCUGUACCAUCUAACCCAGAGCUGAAAGCGGGGGUGAGAGCGAACAUGCCGCGGGAGAUCAUCGAGAUAUCGAGUGACGAAGAGGAGGGCGACUCUGCUUCUCAAGCCGUCGUCAAGAAGAGAACUCAAGAGGAGUCAGGAGUUAAAACGCAGUCAGCGACAAGCCACCGCGCGGGAGCGACAUAUAUAAAACGAAGAGCUCCUGUUGUGUGGUGCUCCGACGACAGCGACAACGACGUUGUGAGCAAACCAAUCAAGAAAGUCAAGCUUUGA